UUUAAGGACCGACCCUCUGCUUAGCUGAGGCUGAUGAAGGUGGGAGGUUGGGGGAAGGGAAGCUGGCCCAACCCCUCUCACCAAAUGGAGCUGCAGUUCCGGCAAAACCAAGAUUAUAUUGUAUUACAAGAGUCCACCUAAGAAAAAGAGAAAAUUCAUCAAGGCUAUCCCAGCCAGAGUAUGUUUAGUGUCAAUGAAGAUGCCUGCAGCAGCUAAAACAACCCUAGAUGGUCUACUAACAGAUACUAACAACCUGGACAGAGCUUUACCUGAAUUGAAAAAGAAGAAGAAAAAGAAGAAAAGAAGGGAUUUACAGAUGCCUGCAUGUUUUAGGAGGAUGUCUCAAGAAAUAGCUAACACUUUCCCUCACACCAAACAAGUUGGGACUUAUCUAGUGGGGAAAAUGAUCAACAAGGGCUCCUUUGCCAAAGUGAUGGAGGGAUUGCAUCUUCCCACAGGUGAAAAGGUAGCUAUUAAAGUCAUCAACAAGACAAAAGCCCAACAGGACUCCUAUAUUUUAAAGAACAUGAAGCGGGAGCCCCGUAUUCAGCAGAUGGUCAAGCACCCUCAUAUUGUUCAGCUGUAUGAAACCCUGGAGACAGAAAACUCAUUUUACAUGGUCAUGGAGUUGUGUCUGGGUGGAGAUCUCCUGGACAAGAUCUAUGACCAAAAGAAACUGGAUGAAAAGGAAGUUAGGAGGUUCAUCAAGCAGAUCAUGUCAGCCGUGGGUCACCUCCAUCACCAUGGCAUUGUCCACAGGGACUUGAAAAUUGAAAAUUUUCUUUUAGAUGAAAAUAAUAAUAUCAAGAUUGUGGACUUUGGCUUGAGCAACAUUAUGAAGGUGGAGGGUCUUUCUCAGGAGCUGUUAAACACUCAGUGUGGAAGUCCAGCCUAUGCUGCCCCGGAACUUCUGGCUCAUAAGAAAUAUGGUCCAAAAGUGGAUGUUUGGUCCAUAGGGGUUAGUAUGUUUGCUAUGCUCACGGGCACGCUGCCAUUUACUGUGGAACCAUUCAACAUCAAGCAGCUUCAUCAGAAGAUGGUGAAUAGAGAAACCAGCUCUGUUCCAGAUGACAUCUCUUCUGGUAAUUAA